AGCCACGGGCCGGGCCCGGGCCGGCCGGGCGGGGAGCCGUGCACGAGGACUGCGCCUGCGCGCGCUCGUCCGGGCCCCGCCCCCGCGCCGCGCGGGGCCCUGGGAGGGGCGCAGCGUCCGGCGGCGUCGCGGGCGGCGGGGCCGUGGCGGCGGGAGGGGCGGCGGGGGCAGACAAAGCGGCUAAUGAAUGGGCGCGCCCGCCGCGACGUGCGCCGUGGAGCCCCGGGCCGCGCCGCGCCGAGUCGGCGCCGAAGGUCUGCUCCUGCCCACACCUCUGCAUGUCUGGAGAUUUGCAUGUGAUGUCAGGCAUCUGACUUAUGCCUACUGCGAGCAGGGCUGUUUCGCUGUUGACCAGUGUGAGUGGCAGGAAAUGCAGAAGGACCAAGUGUGCACUGACGAGGCGGGAAGGGUCCUGUCCUUAGGACCUGAAGCAGGUCUGGCUACCAGCACAUGAGUCCACACUGUGAGGGCCACCUCCAACAGCAGCGCUCCCAGAAUGCAGUGCUUCAGGCCCUGAGACGACUGUGCCAGGAGCCACACGCUGCUCUCAGUGAUGUUCAUGACUGGCUACGUCGGCAGCGACGUCCCGGAAGGAGGCAUGGGUGUGAAACAGGGAGAUAAUCUGCACGUGGGGCAUAAACGAGCCUCAGCCCAGUUUCUCAGUACCCUGAGGCAUUAACAUGACCAAGCAACCAGGAUAGUGAUGGUCGGUCAUGGAGAGCAACCAGGAGAGUUGUCCCAAAGGGGAUGAGGAUUUUGAUUCUGAUAAGAUAAAUUUCAAAAUAGAGGAGGAAGAUGACGAUCAGGCCCCUGGCCACUGUCUGGACAGGAUGGACUUCCAGAGCGAGCAGGAGGACAUGAGGCCGACUGACAGCGGGGAUGAGCAGGAAGCCGGUGGGGUUGCAGGCUGCGCUUGUCGGCCCCCUGGGCAGUGCCUGCCCACGGAGGGCGAGGACGAAUAUGGGGCCCUGUUCUCCCAGUACAGCAGCACCCUGUACACCGUGGCCAUGGAGGCGGUGACGCAGAGCCUCCUUUCCAGCCGGCACUUGAGCUCCAGGAAGAAGUCCCCGGCCUGGCAGCAUUUCUUCAUCUCCCCCCGGGACAGCACCAAAGCCAUCUGUAGGUACUGCAUGAAGGAGUUCAGCAGGGGCAAGAACGAGAAGGACUUGAGCACCAGCUGCCUGAUGCGGCACGUGCGGCGCGCACACCCCACCAAGCUGGCCCCCGAUGGCGGCAGCCUGGCUGUGGGCUCCUUCCCCGCCCCUUCCCUCCUGCUGCCCCCGCAGCCUGCAGACACUGGCGACCUGGGCGCCACGCUGUCCCCUGUCAGCCUUGUCCCGGAUGUGGCGCCUAAGAUCCCAUCCCCUGACCGCAUAAAGGAGGAGUCUGUGUCCGCGGUGCCCCCCGAAGGCGUGGUGGACAAGUUCAGCAGAGAGGAGGCCCCAGCGGGCUCCUCGCCACGCCUGCCCUCCCUGCACUACGACGAGGCCGCUGCAGAUAGCGCGGCCGACAGGAGCCUCCCGCUUCCCAGGAGCGUGGCCGGCUCCCGGCGGCGCUCGGCCGUGUGGAAGCACUUCUACCUGUCUCCACUUGACAGCUCCAAGGCCGUGUGCGUGCACUGCAUGAACGAGUUCAGCAGGGGCAAGAACGGCAAGGACCUGGGCACCAGCUGUCUCAUCAGGCACAUGUGGCGGGCGCACCGGGCUGUGGUGCUGCAGGAGAACGGGGGCGGCCCCACCAUCCCGCCCCUGUACCCCACGCCCCCCACGCUGCUGCCCGCCCUGCUGCCCUCUGAGGGCGACCCUAGCUCCGUGGCCUCCUCUCCAGGGAAGCCUGUGGGUGAGUGCCCGUCCGCUGCCUCGUCCCCGGGCCAACUGGCUGAGGACCUGCCACUGCACGCCCAGCCUGGAGACGUGCUCCCUGAGGAUGCGUCUGUGCUGUCAUCCUCCGACGAGGUGGCAGAGGCCUCGGCGGUGUCCUCCCCCGAGAAGCCACGCAUGGGCGGGCUGAGUCCCAGGAGGUUUGCCUCGGGGGCCGUCUUCCAGCAAAAUAAAAAGGCAAUGAGGAGACUGAAGUCGGAAGUCUGGCACCACUUCUCGCUGGCCCCCACUGACAGCCUCAAGGCCGUGUGCCACUACUGCAGCUGUGCCAUCAGCCGGGGCAGGAAGGGGGACGUGGGCACCAGCUGCCUGAUGCGGCACCUGUACCGGCGCCACCCCGAGGUGGUCGGCGUGCAGAAGGAGCUCCUGGGUGCCAGUCUGGCCAACUCUCCGUACGCCACACUGGCUUCUGCCGAGAGCUCCUCCACGCUGAGCGUCCUGCCAGCCACGGUCAGGAAGAACCACCAGGUCCCGUUUCCUGUCCACAGCAAGAAAACCUCAAAGCUGUGGAACCACUUCUCCAUCUGCUCCGCAGACUCCACCAAAGUGGUGUGCCUGCACUGCGGCCGGACCAUCAGCCGGGGCAAGAAGCCCACCAACCUGGGUACCAGCUGCCUCUUGAGACACCUGCAGCGCUUCCAUGGCCACGUGCUCAAGACUGACACCCCGGAGCCCGCGAUGCCCUGCUCUGCCACCAGGCUUGGGCCACUGAGCUCUGAGCUAUCAGCAGCGUCCUCCUUUGAUGAUGCUGGUGAGAAGCUUUACGACUCUCACCCAGUUGCCAAAAAAAUCACCAGUCUCAUAGCUGAAAUGAUUGCACUUGACCUCCAGCCAUACUCUUUCGUAGACAAUGUUGGCUUCAACAGGCUGCUCGAAUACUUGAAACCUCAGUACUCCCUGCCCUCCCCCUCCUACUUCUCCAGGACAGCGAUCCCAGGUAUGUACGACAAUGUGAAGCAGAUCAUCAUGUCACAGCUGAAGGAGGCAGAGAGCGGGGUGGUCCACUUCACCUCCGGAAUCUGGAUGAGCAACCAGACCCGCGAGUACCUGACACUCACGGCGCACUGGGUCACCUUUGCACCCUCCGUGCGCCCGCACUGCGAGGACCACCACUGUUCGGCCCUCCUGGACGUGUCGCAGGUAGACUGCGACUACAGCGGCAACAGCAUCCAGAAGCAGCUGGAGUGCUGGUGGGAGGCCUGGGUGACCUCCCUGGGCCUCCAGAUCGGCAUCACAGUCACGGACAACCCGAGCAUCGGGAAGACGCUGAGUGAGGCGGAGCACUCGAGCGUGCAGUGCUUCGGCCACACGGUGAACCUGAUCGUGAAUGAGGCCAUCAAGAGCCAGAGGAUGGUGCAGAACCUGCUGAGCCUGGCGCGGAAGCUGUGCGAGCGUGUGCAGCGGUCUCCCAGGGCCCGGGAGAAGCUGGCGGAGCUGCAGAGGGAGUACGAGCUGCCGCCGCACCCACUCCUCCAGGACGUGCCAUCCCGCUGGAACACGUCCUUCCACAUGCUCGAGCGGCUGCUGGAGCAGAAGAGAGCCAUCAACGAGCUGUCCAUCGAGUGCAACUUCCGGGAGCUCAUCAGCUGUGACCAGUGGGAGGUCAUGCAGUCCGUGUGCCACGCACUGAGGCCCUUUGAUGCCGCCAGUCGGGAGAUGAAUACUCCCGUGUCCACCCUGAGCCAGGUCAUCCCCAUGAUCCAUAUCCUCAGCAGGAAGGUGGAGAUGCUCUUCACAGAGACUAUGGGCAUUGACACCAUGCUGAAGUCGUUGAAGGAAGCCAUGGCCAGCCGCCUGUCUGCUACCCUGCACGACCCCAGGUACGUCUUUGCCACGCUGCUGGACCCUCGCUACAAGGCCUCCCUGUUCACAGAGGAGGAGGCAGAGCAGUAUAGGCAAGACUUAAUCAGGGAGCUAGAAAUACUGAAUUCUACCUCAGAGGACACAGCCACUUCCCACGGCUGUGACUCAGGGUCCCUGCCAGGAGCCUCGAGCGGGGAGGACCUGUGGUCGCUGGUGGCCGAGGUGAAGAGGAGGGGCGGCAGGGAGAAGCCGCCCAAGGACACGGUGCUUUCCUACCUGCAGGAGGAGGUGCUGGAGCACGGUUGUGACCCGCUCGCCUACUGGAAUCUGAAGCGCUCGUCCUGGCCUGCACUGUCCACGCUGGCCAUCCGCUUCCUGGGCUGUCCUCCCAGCACGGUGACCUCCGAGAAGCUGUUCAGCACCCACACAGAAAACGGCAGCUUUGGCCAGCCCAGGCUCACGAUGGAGCAUUUUGAAAAACUUAUCUUUUUGAAAGUGAACCUGCCCUUGAUAUACUUCCAGUAUUGAGCCUGCCACAGAGCUGGCCGCAGACUAGAGGUGCUCCUGGAGCGUGCUGUCAUCCCAGGGCUGUGACCCACCCGGCGGAGCAUGGGGGACAGCGGGCUGGGCCUCUGGGGCCACCCCCACCGUGUCUUGCCCACGUGUGCCUUACUCCUCCUGCAGCCAGGUGUCACAGUGCGUUGUCGGAAGGCCACUGGCACCAGCCUCUCUUCGAUGAUGAAAUAGGAUGAUCAGGUUUUAAUUCAUAACUGCAAAGUUUUUUAAAAGUUAGAAGUUAGUGAUUUGUUUUACUAGAACGGAAAGAAGACAUAAACCGUUUUAUUUUGCAGGUUUUUUUAUUCCAUUGUGUACAAACCACAAAUCAGGUACUGUAUUUUAGUUACACAUUGCUUUAAUUACAACAGAACAGCUUUCAUGGCUGUCAAAGGAAAGGUGCAGACAGGAGGUGGCGUCCACGCCAUCCUGACCAAGCAGUUCUCAGCUCUCGGCUGAGGUCAAGCAAGAAUAUUCUGGAAGCUGACUACUCUGACAGGCACAGGCAUUUGAAAUGAAACUGAAGUAGGGUGUCACCGACUGUCAGUCAUUUGGUUACAGAACUUCCAUUCCGGGUUUUUGUAUUCAGGUUUCACAUAGUUAACUCAGAGGUACCCAACUCUGUAUCAUGAGCUCCUCGAAAUUGGAUCCAAGUUUGUAAAUCUGCGGUUAUGAUUUAGCCAGGGCACAGAGUGAGACAUGAGCAACAGACAGCGCAUGUGGCUCGCAGUGCCGCGCCCGGAGGCCGCCCCUCACCUGUGUGCACUGACCCCGGCUUGAGCACUUAUGGCUGUGACCCCUGUGGAGGAGGUGGCUCCUGAAACAGGGAAGGUGCUGAAUCGCACUGCAGCUGUGAAAAUAGCCUUAGGCAUUUAGGGUUUUAUGAUAGGGAAGACCCAGCCAUCACUUGGGUGUCUAGAAUCCCAGUGGCAUCAGAAUGAAAUACCAGUUGUCAGAUUCUUUUAACAAUCAGUAUGUCCGCAAAGUUAUUGUGUUAACAUCUGAAAAAGGAUUCCUUUUUUUUCAUUUCAAAUCAAUUUAGUAUUGAUCUUUUAGAAAAGUUGUCAUUUUGUUAAAAUGUUGUCCCUAAACUUAAUCUAACUUUGUGUGGGCUAUGCUUUAGUGUAUUUAUAAAUGGUGGACUCAGUUUUUGAAAUUAAAUUUUUUAUUUGCAAUUUU